UCGUUCCUACCUAAGUGUUCUGUUUCUUCCUUUUUAUCUCAUCUACUGAAACACACCAUCAUUACACAACCCAGAAGAUAGUAGCUACCUCUAGUAUGUCUGCUCAAGUUCCCACCAUUUCUCUCCUCACUCCUUACAAACUCGGAAACUUGAAUCUUUCUCAUCGAGUUGUUUUAGCACCGUUGACUAGACAGAGAUCAUACAACAAUCUUCCUCAACCACAUGCCAUCUUACAUUACGCUCAGCGAACAAGCAAUGGGGGCCUUUUAAUAGCUGAAGCCACUGGAGUUUCUGACACAGCUCAAGGGUACCCGGAUAUGCCUGGCAUAUGGACAAAGGAACAAGUGGAAGCAUGGAAACCCAUUGUCAAUGCAGUUCAUGCUAAAGGUGGUGUAUUCUUCUGUCAGAUAUGGCAUGCAGGAAGAGUUUCAAAUAGUGUUUUGCAACCAAAUGGACAAGCUCCAGUCUCUUGCACUGACAAGCCACUAACCCCUCAAGUACUAUCUAAUGGUGUUGAUGUUGCUGAAUACACACCUCCAAGGCGAUUAAGGACGGAUGAAAUCCCACAUAUUGUCAAUGACUUUAGACUUGCUGCAAGGAAUGCAAUUGAAGCUGGCUUUGAUGGGGUUGAAAUUCAUGGAGCUAAUGGGUACCUUAUUGAUCAGUUUCUGAAAGACCAAGUGAAUGAUCGAACAGACCAAUAUGGUGGAUCUCUAGAGAAUCGCUGCCGAUUUGCUUUGGAAAUCAAUGAAGCUGUUGUUAAUGAAAUAGGAGCAGAUAAAGUUGGAAUAAGAUUAUCUCCAUUUGCUGACUAUAUGGAAUCAGGGGAUUCAAACCCUGAAGCAUUAGGCCUUUACAUGGUUCAAUCCUUAAACAGAUAUGGUAUUCUGUACUGCCAUGUGAUUGAACCAAGAAUGAAGGAACCUGGAGAAAAAAGUGAAACUGCUUGUAGUCUUCUUCCAAUGAGAGAAGCUUUUAGUGGUACCUUCAUUGCUGCUGGUGGUUUUGACAGGGAAGAUGGGAACAAUGCAGUGGCUGAGGGUCGUGCAGAUCUUAUUGCUUACGGCCGUUGGUUCUUGUCAAAUCCAGAUUUGCCAAAGAGAUUUGAGCUUAAUGCUCCUCUAAACAAGUAUGACAGAAGUACGUUCUAUACAUCUGAUCCAGUUGUUGGUUACACGGAUUAUCCAUUUCUUGAGAACACUGCUUAAUUUGGCAGCACAGAAGCAUUUGGAGGCUUCAACAGACUUGUUUGAGUAUAAUCUGCUCCAAUGUAUUCUUGUAGUUACUUUUGUGGGGUGGUAUGCAUAAUGUGAUAGUCGGUCUCCUUUGUACAUUAUGCCUGCCCGAGUUGAACUUUACACUAAAAUGUAUCACUGAUUCAGUGAUUUGUGAUUAUGUUAAGUAUCAAAUUAUUACUGAAAAAAACCACGUUUGGUUCACACUUAUUUAUAGUGGGAUCAUCAAAUAUAGAAACAUUAAAAACAGCUUGUAGUGUCAUACAUAUUUUUACAUCAUUGUCAAAUGUUACAUUUUAAUGUCAUUUUCCUCGUUGCUCUUGU